CUGUUUACUUUCAAAUAAAUUUAAAAAAAUGCCGGCAUACCACUCGGAGAUUGAGGAAUUUAGUGGAUCGGUUGGCAAUAUGGCUAUAUUGCCAUUACGCACCCAGAUCCGCGGACCAGCGCCCAAUGUCAAUAUUGAUAACGACAUCGUGGAUGAAUCACUAUACUACUACAAAUCGAACAUUUUUUUUCGGACAUACGAAGUUAAGUCGGAAGUGGAUCGUGUCCUUAUCUAUAUAACAUUAUAUAUAACCGAAUGCCUGAAACGUUUGGCCCGAUGCACCAGUAAAGCCCAGGGCCAGCAGGAAUUAUAUAGUCUGGCUAUAGAUCGUUUCGAUCUGCCAGGCGAUCCGGGUUUUCCCCUUAACUCCAUCUAUACAAAGCCAGAGGAUCCGGAAAAGAUGCGUCAGUAUUUCCUGCAGCUGCGUCAGGAAACCGGAAAUCGACUUUUGGAGAAAGUUUUCGAUACACCCGAUGAUAAACCGAAUAAAUGGUGGAUUUGUUUUGCCAAAAAGAAGUUUAUGGAGAAGAGCUUAUCCGGACCAGGAUUGUAAAUUAUAUUAUAUAUAUUUUCAAUUUCUAUUUUUUUUUUGAUUAGCUGUGAGUUAUAACUGAUCACUGCCUAUGGUGUAUAAAAAUAUAAGAUGAAUUUAAAAUUAUAUAUAAAAGAUAUUCCCUUCA